AUGAGCUGCCCUGAGUCUCAAAAGAUGGGGACAAGUGGGAAGAACGCUAGUUCUCCUCAUAAACAAGUUAUCUUCAAAAAAAGCACCCGUGACAAAGCUCUGACCAUCUACCUGGGAAAGCGGGACUUCAUUGACAACACAGGGAAUGUGGAACCUGUAGAUGGUGUUGUAUUGGUGGAUCCUGCAGUUAUCAAGGGGAAAAAAGUGUAUGUGUCCCUGACCUGUGCUUUCCGGUAUGGCCAGGAAGACAUUGAUGUGAUUGGCCUCACCUUCCGACGGGACCUGUUCUUCUCUAGGGUCCAAGUGUACCCACCAGCUGACAAGCCAGAGUCUCUCUCCCACUUGCAGGAAUCUCUGCUAAAGAAGCUGGGGAAAAAUGCUUAUCCCUUUUUCUUUACAUUUCCAGAUUACCUACCUUGCUCAGUCUGUCUGCAGCCUGCACCUCGUGAUGUUGAUAAGAGCUGUGGGGUGGACUUUGAGGUGAAAGCUUUCUCAACAGAGAAUGUGGAAGAGAGAAUUCAUAAAAGGAACUCUGCACGUCUGCUGAUCCGUAAGGUUCAAUAUGCUCCAGAAAAGCCAGGACCCCAACCUUGUGCGGAGACCACCUGGCAGUUCUUCAUGUCCAACAAGCCGUUGCACUUGAAAGCGUGCCUCAGUAAAGAGGUGUACUACCAUGGUGAGCCCAUUCCAGUCACUAUCACUAUCACCAACAGCACAGAGAAAACAGUGAAGAAGAUCAAAGCCCAGGUGGAGCAGGUUGCCAACGUGGUUUUGUACUCCAGUGACUACUAUACAAAAGUGGUAGCUGCUGAGGAAGCACAGGAAAAGGUGCAGCCAAACAGCAGCCUGACCAAGACACUGACACUUCUGCCCUUGCUAGCAAAUAACCGGGAGACGCGGGAAAUAGCUCUGGAUGGAAAGCUAAAGGAUGAGGAUACCAACUUGGCUUCUAGUACCAUUAUUAAGGAUGGAAUAGACAAGACAGUGAUGGGGAUUCUGGUCUCCUACAAGGUCAAAGUGAAGCUCACUGUUCCAGGCAUGCUGGGAGACCUCACCUCCAGUGAAGUGGGCACAGAGCUGCCAUUUCGUCUCAUGCACCCCAAACCUGAGGAAAAGAACCCAGCAGGGAAGGAUGGGGAAGCAGAGCUGGUAUUUGAGGAGUUUGCUCGUCAACAGCUAAAAGAUAUGCCUGAUGAUGAAGACAAGAAUAUGUCUGCAACUGAUGAGUGACUAAAGGAACAAGCUGCUAGAGAAGCUAUAUAGUCUUGCAUCAGUUAGAAACCUAGGUCCUAAAUUUCUAGUAAACUGCAUGUUCUUGGUGCAUGCAUGGUCUUCCAGGGAUCAACCCUGAGAUCAGUGGACAUAAAAUCAUGAAUCUCUAUUGCUUAUUAAA